ACCGCCAUAGUGAGAUGACGGUGAGAUCUUCAAGUCUAACCGAUCAGUUCCUCAAAUAGAGUAGGCUUUGUUCGAUUCUAUUCGGUUCGACUGGCUCGGGUGGGCUUGGUUCAAUUCGGUGCAAAUCGGCUUGGUUUGGUUUGUUUCGGUUCGAUUUGACUUGGUUCGGCUCGAUUCAGUUUAGUUUGGCUCGAUUCUGUUCAACUCGAUUCAACUUGGCUCGGUUCGGCUAGGCUUGGCUCAGGUUAUGGUUGAUUGAUUUGAAGGAAAAGUCUAGAGCUUAGGAGAGGAAGUAGCAAUGGUUGAUCCUAGACAAGAGAAACAUGUACGGAUAAGGAUGGUGACCAUGGACAAUAAUGGAGGCCCCAGGAGACUCAGAGCAAAAUGAAUACAUGGACAUGCAAAUUCUAUCAUUCCAUUCUCUUUUUCUCUCACUUCCUUUGAUCUGUGGAUGUAUACGUUUGAAUAAUUGGCUCAAAGAAAGGAGUUUUAAAUGAAGUUUCAGGGGAGUCAUGCAGCCUGAAGUCAAAUCGUUGUGAAAAAGCUAGCCAGUACAAGAUGGUGCAGAACAUUGAAAAGAAGACAGUUGAAAUCAAAGUGAAAAUGGACUGUGAUGGCUGUGAAAGAAGAGUUCGCAAUUCUGUUUCCAACAUGUCAGGUGUGAAAGAGGUAGAGGUGAAUAGAAAGCAAAGUAAGGUAACAGUAACAGGUUACGUGGAUAGAAACAAGGUCCUAAAGAAAGUACAAGGAACAGGAAAAAUAGCUGAGUUUUGGCCUUAUAUUCAGUACAACUUGGUUGCAUAUCCCUACGUGGCACAAGCAUAUGACAAGAAGGCACCAUCUGGGUACGUGAAAAACACUGAACAAGCAUUCCCCAACCCAAACGAUGAGAAACUCACAUCUCUCUUCAGUGAUGACAACCCUAAUGCAUGUUUAAUCAUGUAAACUAUUUUCAGUACAAGAUCAGAGCUACCUUGCAAGUUCCUAUGCUUCACUGCUUCAUCUCUGCAUAUAUAUAUAUAUAUAGUUUCUUGGAGACUAUUUUUAGGUUCUUCUUAGCUGUGUUGUGUUUCUUUAAUGGCUACAAUUUUGGUUCUGCUUAUAAGUUCGUAUAGAACUUGGAGGAAUACAUGGAAAUUCUGCAUUCAUAGCUCUGUACUUGUGUUUAAAUUUUAAUCACUGAUCUUAUAUUUCUUACCUA